AUGGAAAGCAAUGGCGGCUUAGGUUUGGAGGAAAAGUUGGCAAACAAUAGCCGGAUUGAGACCAACUGUUUCACUGCCGCCACUAAUAUCACUGACAAGACCUCUCAAUACUCGCCCAAAGACAUCAUAUUUCGGGCAUCGAAUACAAGUGACAACCAAUGGAUCGUCAUUUACAACAAGAAAUUGCGAAACAUAUCGUGUUAUUCACCGCAGGAAACGACUCAAAAACUAGUGACCAAUAAAACCAAAUGCAAACAAUUGAUUGGUAGAAAUCAAACAGUCAUCGAAGCCAUCGACCCAUCGAUUGUGAAGAGUAUUGAUGUUAUCGUUGAGAACCCGUCCGGAAAUGUAAUCCACGGAUACUAUAUAUUCUUCAGACGAGACGGACGGCCAGUCUUUUGCGACAAAUCUAUGUUCGACCCGAAGAAUAGGUGCAAAUCCGAGACAGACAUAAAGGAGAAGAAGACUUCACCGAAAGAUACAAAAUAG